GAAGAAGAAGAACUAUUGCACGAUCUUCAGUCUAGUGCUGUAACAACUUUUUGUUAAUUGAAACUUGAAAAUGGUUCUGUUCAAAAGAUUUCCAUGUAUAAUUACUAAUGUUAUAAAACAACGCCUUAUGGCUACAGUGGCAUUUGGUGAUGAAGUUGUAGUUAAUCGUUUAACGGGUCAUCAGGAAGGCAUCACUGUGCUUGGACUAAAUCGGCCGGAAGCAAAAAAUGCAUUUAGCCGUGGUAUGGUGGAGACAUUUACAGAAAUUAUUAAUGAUAUUAAAUGUGAUAAUGCAUCUCGUGUUGUUGUUUUAAGAAGUCUUACACCGGAUAUAUUUUGUGCUGGCGCAGAUCUUAAAGAACGUAAAACUAUGACAGAAGAGGAAGUUGGUAUAUUUGUAACAAAACUACGUGGUUUAUUGGUAAGCAUUGAACAACUUCCUAUGCCAGUUAUAGCCGCGUUGGAUGGUGCCGCUUUAGGUGGUGGCUUAGAAAUGGCUUUGGCUUGUGACAUGCGCACAGCAGCGGAUAAUGUUAAACUUGGACUUGUUGAAACUCGUUUGGCAAUUAUUCCAGGUGCUGGUGGAACUCAACGUUUACCUCGCAUUUUAUCACCGUCACUAGCAAAAGAAUUAAUUUUUACUUCACGUAUUUUCAAUGGAGAUAAAGCUAAAGAAAUGGGUAUAGUUAAUCAUGUUGUAAAGCAAAAUGAAAACAAAGAUGCAGCUUAUGUAAAGGCCAUAGAACUAGCUGAGGAAAUUUUACCAAAUGGGCCAGUAGGCGUAAGAAUGGCGAAACUUGCUAUCGAUAGGGGCAUGCAAGUUGAUCUCAAAACCGGUUAUUCUAUAGAAGAAAUUUGUUAUGCACAAGUCAUACCAACCAAAGAUAGAUUAGAAGGUCUAAAAGCAUUUGCAGAGAAGAGAAAACCUCAAUACAAGGGUGAAUAAAUUUUUUAAAAUAAAACCAAUGAGCCAACUGACUAAGAGAGAGUGCAUUUAUUAUUUUAUUAAGAACUGAGUUCAAUUGUUAAUAAAUUAUUGUUAUAUUUAUUUUAAAAUAAAUUUAUUUU